AUGUCAGUUCGUUCAGUUUUCAGCGGCCGUGUCGGCUCCAAUGCCGUCGGCACACUCGUCCGUCUCUCUCCAUUCGUCCAGUCCGGCUCGACAGCAUCUCAGCAACUGGCGCGCCUGCACUCCACCUCCGUCCGGCCAACCUCAUGUGUAGCACAGACGCCGGCAAUCCGUCCCCAUGUCCGCGAAGUUCCAUCUUCCUUCACUCGCCAAUCUGGCCUGCGGGCGCAGUCUACCUCGGCAGCGGCCAAGGAUGAGGUGAAACUCGAUUGGAACUCGUUCUUCAAGCUUCGCGCAUCUCGCCGCCGAUACUCUUUGGCGUCUUCAAUUGCCAGUUCUCUCUUCACCACUACACUCGGCGUGCAAGUCCUAUCAUCGCAGGAUCUGGAGUCUCUAGGUGCUCAGGUGAUGGGUCUGGACCCCUUUGUCGUCCUCGGCAUGGCCACGGCGGCCUGCGGUGCCGUUGGUUGGCUGGCAGGACCAUUCGUCGGAAAUGGCGUCUGGGGUCUAGUCUACCGACGGUACAAGCCUUCAGUAGCUACGAAAGAGAAAGAAUUCUUCGACCGUAUCCGUCGUUUCCGUGUGGAUCCUUCGACCAACUCGAUCGCCAAUCCCGUUCCCGACUAUUAUGGCGAGAAGAUCGGCAGUGUUCAGGGAUAUCGACAAUGGCUCAAGGACCAGCGAGCAUACAACCGGAAGCGUCGUAACUUCAUUGUCUAA